UCCUUACCACAGCAACGAACCUCAAAGCCCGAUAACCGAUGCUCGCCAUCUAAUCCAAAACCAACCAACACUCAUCAAUCACCACGCUCGUUUCUUUGAUUUCGGUUUCUAGUCGCUCGCUAUUGUCAGCCCACAAUCAUCAUCAUGCUUCGGACAUUACCACGGCUUGCCGCCGUCGCCCUUGUUGGGCUUGACAUGGCAAAUGCCGCCUAUAGUAUCGCGACAGUCGCCGACAUCAAAAAGACAUCAGCCGACAUCGCAUUCGACAUGAUGCAAUACUACAAAGGGAACUUGACGGGACAAACACCAGGAAUCCUCCCCGGCCCUCCUCCAGCCGGUGAUUAUUACUGGUGGGAAGCUGGCGCAAUGUGGGGAGCUCUGAUCGACUACUGGAAAUUCACAGGCGACGCGUCAUACAACGAUGUUAUCACCCAAGCCCUCCUCUGGCAGGUCGGUCCGGGACAGGACUACAUGCCACUCAACGUGACCGCAUCCCUAGGAAACGAUGAUCAGGGCUUCUGGGGAAUGACGGCCAUGACAGCCGCCGAAAACAAUUUUCCUAAUCCACCAGCCGAUCAACCACAGUGGCUGGGCCUCGCCCAGGCUGUCUUCAACACACAGGCAAACCCCGAUAGACACGAUAAAACCUGCAAUGGUGGCUUGCGCUGGCAGAUUCCCCCGCUCAACAACGGAUACAACUACAAGAACAGCAUUGCCAAUGGCUGUUUCUUCAACCUCGGCGCCAGACUGGCGCGCUACACCGGAAACAAGACAUACGCCGACUGGGCCGAAACGACGUGGGACUGGAUGAGGGGUGUCGGGCUCAUGGACGACAGUUACAGCAUUCACGACGGCGCUCACGUCGAAACGAACUGCACCGAUAUCAACAAUGCUCAGUUUUCCUACAACUCUGGCGUCUUUGUCCUCGGCGCCGCCCACAUGUACAACUAUACCGACGGCUCCCCCGUCUGGAAGGAUCGCCUCGAUAAGCUCAUCAACGCCACCCUCGUCCGCUUCUUCCCCGACAAUAUCGCCUUCGAGCCCGCCUGCGAAGACCAAAUGAGCUGCACAACCGACAUGCUCUCCUUCAAGGGCUACGUGCACCGCUGGCUAUCCAUCACCACGCAAAUCGCGCCGCAUACGGCCCCCGUCAUCCUGCCCGUGCUCAAGACCUCGGCCGAAGCCGCUGUCCAAACGUGCACCGGCGAACAAAACGGCCGCAUGUGCGGGUUCAGCUGGAAAAAAAAAAAGUACGACGGCAGUCACGGGGUGGGUCAGCAGAUGAAUGUCCUGGGAGCGGUUUCUUCCUUGUUGAUUGAACAACCCGGAAAGGCCCCAGUGACCAAUAGUACCGGUGGAACCAGCAAGGGAAACCCGAAUGCGGGGAGCCAGAGCGACAGCUUUACGCAUGAUAAACCGGUGACGACGGCGGAUAAGGCGGGGGCGGGCAUUGUGACGUUUCUGUUGGCGGCUUCGACGUUGGGCACGUUUGUGUGGAUGGGCAUUGGUAAAUAGGAAGGCCA